AUGGUAAGAAAUGCAGCAAUUGUACUAUUUGUUAAUGCAAUUCUCUUUGUAAAUAAAAAUAAUCACAAUCUUGAUCAUGUGUUAUCAUCGGAAGAUGAUAGGCACAGAUUGUUACGCAUAAUCACCGAUACGAAUGUGGAAUAUUAUCCACUUAAACAUCCAAAAAAACCUGGUUCUACAGUACUUCCACCCAAAGAAUUCAAACCGAAACAGAGCUUGGGGCAAAACUUCCUUAAUGACACCAACAUACUCAAGAAAUUAUGCUACCACCUUACGACCAAAAAGGAUAGAAUUUCAAUAGAUGAUGACCGACAAUUAGAAGUUGAUAAAUCGGGACAUGUAGUGGAAUUGGGAGCCGGUACUGGAUCACUUACUAAGAUUCUAUAUGAAAAAUUUCCCGAUAUGACCGCAAUUGAAAUUGAUGCUAGAGCAAUAUGUAUGCUAAGUAGAAAUCUGCCUGGGCUUGAUAUGAUUCAUGAUGAUGUAUUACAGGCUAAUUUUAGUGCUAUAUCCAAAUGCAAUGGGAAGAAACUUUGGAUUAUUGGAAAUCUACCAUUCUAUAUUACAACUCAAAUAUUUUUUUGUCUACUGGAUUACAGAAAUUGCAUAGAUAGAGCGGUACUAGUUACACAAAAGGAAGUUGCCGAACGAUUGAUAGCACAGCCCGGAGAUAAAAUAUACUCUAAACUAAGCGUAAUUAUGCAAUUGUACACCAGAACAAGGAUUUUAUUUGAUAUACCGAAUCAUGUGUUUUUUCCAAUACCAAAAGUAUCUGUAUCAGCGGUACGACUUGACUUCAAUGAAAAGGCAUUGGAAACAAAAUGUAGUCCACUUUUGUUAAAAAGAGUAAUAUUCGAUGCAUUCUCUAUGAAGAAAAAGCAUUUAAGAACAAGUCUAGCUGGAUUGUUGAAGCAGCUAUGCAUUACAAAAUUACCGGAAGAAUAUGAAAAAAGACGUGGCUUUACAUUAGCCCCUGAUGAAUUUUUAAAGUUAUCAGAGUGGUUACAGGAAAAUGGAAUGUUAAAACAAAUUGAUGAUGAUGUUAUGAAAGAAAUGGAAAUGAUUUCGCCCCAUGGACAUAAGAAGGGUAGACCACUGAGGAAACGUGAGGUAAACCCGGUGUUGGAUGUUAAAGCUGAUUUCGGAAAGGUUUGGAGGAAGAAGAAUCAUGGUGAAGAUGUUUGUUUGUAA